AUUAAUCCGCGCAGCCAGUCAGUCCAAGUGGGGACAUCGUGAGUAGUGGAUCGUGUUUUGGAAAUAUUAUUACGGAUUUUCCACCAGUCGUCAAAACAUGAAGUUUUCUGCAGCAACACUGCUGCUGUUCAUCGUCGGGGCUGUCCAUCAAGUGGGCGUUGCCGAUGCCUCCGGUAACGACAUAAAGACACCCCUGAACCCAGCCAAGCUAGCGCUGCUACCGAAGGAAUGUGGCGUCUCGAAGUUGGGUAAAACCGUUAACAGUACCAAGAGUCUCGCGUUCGAGUACCCCUGGCUGGCGCUGGUCCGGUACACGAAGUCACGGCGUCCGGCAACCUGUCUGGGCUCGCUGAUCAACCGACGCUACGUGCUCUCGGUUACUGGUUGCAUGAGGAAGACCAAACGGGAUCCUGAUUUCAUUCGUUUGGGAGAACAAUCGGAAACCACGGAACGUGAUUGCAACGUUCUGACGGAUCACAAAACCGGAUACGAACUUCGGGACUGUACCGGACCGGUUCUUGACAUCGGAAUCGAAUCCAUCAUCACCCAUCCGGACUUCGAUCAGCCGAUGUACACCAACGAUCUGGCGCUGCUUCGUAUGGUCCGAGAGGUCGAGUACAACGAUUACAUUCGGCCGAUCUGUCUACCGACGACACCGGAGUUGCUUGCCAACAUUCCGCGCUACCUGGUCAUGCCCGCCUGGGAGUUGGAUAUGAACGCUCCGAACCAUUACGUCGGUGAGCUGCAGAAGUACUUCGUGGAGAACACCGAUCUGGACACCUGCCAGCGUCAGUUCGAAAAGGCCGGGUUCGCUCCGGAGUUCGACGACGAUCGGUUCUGUGCUCAGCAGCUCGGACCGAAUUACGUGUGCAGCCGGGUACCGGGGGCACCCAUCGGAACCGAGGUCGACAUCGGUGGAACCUUGCGGUUCGUGGAAUUUGCAAUGGCCAAGUUUUCCCCGUUAAACUGCACGCUGCGUGAAACGGUGCCGAUGAUUUCGAUGCGCAUCCCGAAGUAUAUGAAGUGGAUUACGGAUAAUUUAGAAGCUUAGUUUAAGGAAUAUGGUCAAUAAAAUAAAUGAAUGGUAACGCGGAGUAA